AAUGAAUUUCAGUCUCCCAGAUGCUCUCAAUUUAAUAAAGGAAGGUAGAGCCAAUGAAGCUGUUGAUCAAUUAAAUAGAUUUAUUGAAUGUUUACAACCUUUAAGUCCCUAGACAUAACUUUUGGGACAAUAGCUUGGAAUAGAUUUAGAUUUUUUUAGAAUUGUUAAAUUCUCAGAUUUUUAUGAUCCUGAUCCAUAAGUAUAGGCUUUACGCUUUAAAUAUUAUGCUUAUAAAAUUGCAAGUAAAUAUUGAUUAAUAUAAUAGAGUGGGGUUAUUAAAUAAUCUAAUAAAAGAGGAAAGCAAAAAGAAGACAUGAUUUAAUUGAUAAAUCAGAAUAGUUUGGUAUAUAGAAUGAGAUUGGACGUACUUUUGGAGUGGAUGGUGAAUCAAAACAAUUUGCUGAAUCAAGAAUUUAAAUAAUGUCUGACAAAUUAUAGAAGAAAAAAUAAAUAUAUCAGAAAUAAUUAUUAUUUCAAUUAGAUAUAGAGAAGAGAAGAAAUGAUUAUAAAUAAUAAUAAGAUGAUAAAAUAGAAAAAGUUAGAAAAGCUUUAAAAACAGAUUAUGAUAAUAAAAUUUAACCAGUUAAAGAACAUUUAGAGAUUGUAAAUGAAAAAUUAAAAAAUAAUCACAAAAUGAAGAAGAAAUAAGAAGAUGAAUUGAUUAAUAAAAGAAGUGAAUUAUUAAAAAAUGCUUCAUUAAUGUAUAUUAAUAAAUUAUAUCUUAGUGAUGAGAAAAUAAAUAAACUAGAAGAAAUGAGAAGAAAUUAAAUAGAACAUAUGAAAAAUGCAAGAUAAAUGAAAAAAUAAAGAUAACAUUCAUUUUAAGAAAAAUAAAAUUAAUAAUAUGAAGAAUAUCUUGAAAAAAUGAAAUAGAAAUUAUAAUAAAGACGUAUAAAUAUAAUAUAUAUAUAAAAAAGGUAUUGUUGAUAUUCAUUUUGAAUCACAUAAAGAUUUUGGUAAAAGAUAAGUAUCAGAUGAUUUUGAAAAAAAUUUAGAAAAUGUAAUAAAUAAAUACUAAAAAUAAUAACCAAUUAUAAAUAAUUUAUUAGCAAAACAAAUAGAGUAGAUUUAAACUAAAAAAUCUAUUGAUAUUGAAAAAUAAAAAAAAGUUAAAUAGAAUUUACAAUUAGAUCAUUCUAAUAAAAUAGAAUCUCGUAAUGUUGAUGAAGUUAUUAUAAGAAAAGAAAAAAGAUUAUAAGAAGAAACAAUUUUACGAAAAGAAACUUAUUAAUAAAGAUUUCUUAAUUUUUUAUAGAAUCGUUAAUAAUUAUAAAGAUUAUAAUCAUAAUAAAUUGAUAGAUAUAAUGCUUUUUUUUCUAGAUAAACAACAAGAUUAAAGAAUAUGAGAACAACUAAUGAAUAAAUGAAAUCUACUGUGAAGUAUAUUUAUUUAUUAUAUUAAAUAGUUUUGCAUUAAUGUAAGCUAAUAAAAUAGAAGAAUAAACAGCAUUAAAAAUGUCAAGAGCAAUUUAAUUAAUUAAUGAUCCUGAUUUAUAAAUGUAAUUCAAACCAAAUGAAAAAUUAACAACUUAAUAAAAAAUAGCUAAGAAAAAGUAAGAGGAAAUGUAAUCUUUAUUAAAAUCAUUUGUAACAAGUGAAGUUGAUUUGUUAAGAUUUUCUAAAUCCGUUACAGAAGUUAAAAAUGAUGAAAAUUAAUAAUAAAAAUGA